UCAGCUGUAGAAUUUAGACGUGCGCAGGUCGUAAGUUUUGAGUUGCGGCUCGGGAAGAAAAAGAAUAUUUUAUAUAAAAUUAUAAAAGAAGAACACAACAACAAAUUACAAAAAUUGAACAAAUUAAAUAAACAUUUUAAUUAAAAAUAAGUACUUAUUUAAAUUUUAAUACACAAGAAAUAUAUGUAUGUAUGUAAAUGUGAAUAAAAUACUUGAUAUUUAAAUGUUUUUAAUUUAAUUAUGUAAACAAUAUACCUACUAAGUAUUGUGAUUCAAAAACCUAAUUAAUAAUCAAUUAUUUACCUGUAUAGAUUAUAUAAUUUAUAAAUAAGUACAUAUAAAAACAUAAGUAAAUUGCUUAUAUAAUAAAAAAAAUCUACAUAAUUCUACAAAAGUGUUUGAUAUGUUAAUGUAGUGUUUACACAUGCAGCUGCAGUUUGGCAGAUAGUAAAAGAGAAAAAAAACGAAACAGGAAAAUAACUUAUAAAAACAGGUGGUGCAAAAUAGAGAAAAAUCAAGAUUUAACAAAUAAACAAAACAAACUAAAUUUUGAGUACGUGUGCAUCAUUCAUCAUGUAAAAUGAAUUCAAAUCUCCAGAGAAUAACUCAGAAAAAGAGAGGAAACAAAUUUUUGUUUUUUAAUUUAGAAAUCCAAAAAUAAAAUUUUGUCAGAAAAAAACACAAUUUUUUUCUUUCAAAAAUAUUUUUUUGAACGUUUCUAUUUCAUUUGAAAAACUAACUAACAAAAAAAAAUAUAAGAUUUUCCGCCAAAGGGAAAAAUUGUCAUUAAGUUGUGUAGUUACGGUCUAAAAAUCUUCAAAAAAUACACGUACAAGUGCGCAUCAAAGGAACUAGAAAAAAAAAUUAAAAAUUUUUCUACAAAACAAAAAGAACAAAAGAAAAUUUUGAAGGCAACAAAUAAAAAGAGAAAAACAAAAAAUUUUACAGAAAAGAAAAUAGAAAAUAAAAAGAAAAACGUUUUCCAUCAAUUUUCACUUACAUCCCCGUACUAAGAGGAACAAACGCAGAAAAACGAUAAGUUAACAAAGAAUUCUAAUGUAAUUUUUUUGCUUUGCUGCCGUUUUUAAAGUUCUUCUAAAACCAUUGUGCUGGUGAAUGUUUGAUAGUGGUUUUAGAAUUCGACGUGAAAUUAGUAUGCGAAUUCUUUCAAAACUUUCAGCUAUUCUAUGUAUUGAUACUUGUUACACAAAAUAAACGUAACAAAUUUCUCGCAUUUUAAAAAUUUAAUUUUUGUAUUUGAGAUAAAGAAAAGUAUUCGAAAAUUCAAAAGAAAAACUUUUCUGUUGUUCAGACAUUGAAUUUAAUAAAAAAUCACACACAAAAGUUGAACAAAAGUCAAUUAUUUUAGAGAUUUUUAAGCAUUUUUUUAUAAUUGUCAAAAAAUUUUAUUUCAUGUAUAAUAAUUAAAUUAUAUAUGACAGCUUCAAAGAAAUAUUGGAAAUUUACAAUAAUUGUUCUAUGAAAAUAGAAAUUUAUGAUAUUAAUGGAAGAAGAAAAUUAUAAAAAUCAAGUUUUAAAUAAAUGCGGUUUAAAUAAGGAUUAAUUUAAUUUUAAAGUAUCCUUGCAAAGAAAAACGAAAAUUAGAAGAUUCUAAGAUGUCUUCCGAUGGCGGAAAUGAAGAAAAGGAUACAUGCGUUCGAGUGGCCGUUCGAAUUCGCCCACAAAUUCCCAGAGAGGUAAUUGAUAUGUGCCGAAUAUGUACCACAGUGACACCAGGUGAACCACAUGUCGUAUUGGGAACAGAUAAGGCUUUCACAUUUGAUUUUGUAUUCGAUGUUAAUUCAAGUCAGGUUGAAAUUUAUGAAAAAUGUAUCGAUAGAUUGGUCGAAGGAGCUUUAAAAGGAUAUAAUGCUACAGUAUUGGCAUAUGGUCAAACUGGUUCUGGUAAAACAUAUACAAUGGGGACUGGUUUUGAUCGUGAACUUCUAGAUAUGCAAGAGGGUAUAAUACCAAGAGCUGUACGUCAUAUAUUCUCAUCAAUUGAUACUCUACAAAAUAGUAAUCAUAAUAUUGAAAAUGGUGUCACAACUGAUAAUGAUGGUGAUGAAAAUAUCGUUACUAGUGGUAUUAAUAAUGUAGGAGCAAUACAAUUUAGUGUUGGUGUACAAUUUAUGGAAUUAUAUAAUGAAGAUAUAAUAGAUUUAUUAGAUCCAUAUAAUAAGGGUAGAGUGUUUAAAAUACAUGAAGAUCCAAGCGGUGGUAUUUCUGUUGCUGGAGCUACAAUUAAACCAAUAAACGGACCUCAAGAUGCCUUAAAAUGCCUUCAACAAGGAGCCUUAGCUAGAACUACAGCAUCAACUCAAAUGAAUGAGCAAUCGUCCAGGAGUCAUGCUUUAUUUACUAUUUUAAUACGUCGCCAAAGAGUUAUGUCAGUUGAAGAAUGUGGUUUACCGGAAGGUGACUUAGAAACUCUCACAUCAAAAUUUCAUUUUGUUGAUUUGGCUGGUUCUGAACGAUUGAAACGUACUGGCGCAACUGGUGAACGAGCAAGAGAAGGUAUCUCUAUUAAUUGUGGACUUCUAGCUUUAGGAAAUGUUAUAUCGGCAUUAGGGGAUAAAAGUAAACGGAGUACUCAUGUUCCAUAUCGGGAUUCAAAACUAACAAGAUUAUUACAAGAUUCUCUUGGUGGAAAUUCACAAACUUUGAUGAUUGCUUGUGUAUCACCAAGUGAUCGUGAUUUUAUGGAAACUUUGAAUACUUUAAAAUAUGCUAAUAGAGCUAGGAAUAUUAAAAAUAAGGUUCAACUUAAUCAAGAUCAAAGUUCAAGAACAAUCGCUCAAUUGCGCCGUGAAAUUCAUGCUCUUCAAUUGGAAUUGCUUGACUAUAAACAAGGAAAGAGAGGUAUUGACGCUGAUGGUAAUCCUUCCAUUUCAGAUACAUUCCAAGAAAAUGCAAUGUUAUUAGCUGAUAAUAAACGAUUACAACAACGUUUAAAAGCCAUGCAAGAAACGAUUAAUUCACUAACAGAACGUAAUACGGAACUUAUGUUACAGAAGGCAACACAAGGUUGGUCUGAUAUUAAUGGCGCUGAUAAAUCAAUUUCCGAUAUGGUAGCAGGUUAUUUAGCAGAAAUAGAAACGCUAAAAGCUAAAUUAAUUGAGUCUGAAGGAAUGUAUCAACAAUUGAAAAAAGCACAAUUUAAUAGUCCUAGGAAGGCUGGUGAUUUCACAAAUCCAUUUGCCAAUCCAGAAGCAUUACUUGAUUUGGCAAAACGAGAAGUUGAAAAAGAACGUGAAAUUUUAAUGUCGAGAUCGUUGCCCGGCAUUAAUAAUGACGAUUCAAAUAAUUCAAAUAUUGAAAAUGAAUCUCCAGAGAGUGAUUCCGAUACUGAAUCUGAUGAUAAGACUAAUGAGAUUCAAAAUGAGCUCAAUGAUCUUAGCUCCGAUAUAGAAUUAAAAUCAAAAUUAAUUGAACAAUUGGAAAUGUCACAACAUAGACUUCAGUUGAUGCGGCAACAUUAUGAAGAAAAAUUGAACAUAUUGAAUCAAAGAAUUAUAAACACGCAAAAAGAAAGAGAUCAAGUUCUCGCAAAUAUGAGUCAAUCACAACAGUCUACCCAGUCGAUAGAAAAAGUCAAGAAGGUUCGUGAAGAAUAUGAAACAAAAUUGUCACAUAUGCAAAGAGAAUUGCACAAAUUGCAACUAGCACAAAAAGCACAUUUACGUCAACAACGUGAAAUACAAGCUCAAGAAGCACAAUUACGUACAUUACGUAAUGAACUGAGUGAACUAAAAAGCAUGAAAACACGCUUGAUUCGUAAAAUGAACGAAGAAACAAAUCGUCACAAAGAAGAGGAAACACGUAAAUCACGAGAAAUUGCCCAACUUCGAAAGGAAUCAAGAAAACAGCAGAACACUAUGAAAUCUUUACAAGCACAAGUUGCCGCCAAAGAUCAAAUUUUAAAACGUAAGACAGAACAAGUCACUGCACUACAACGCCGCCAAAAAGGGGGACUUAGUAUGAAAGCAAGUGGCCGUGUUCCACCAAAAAGUGAAAGUAAGAUAUUUAAUCCAAGACAAGCACGUCUCAAAUGGGAAAAUCUUCAAAGAACAAUAAACCGUACAGCAAGAAGUAAAGAAGUUCUUGUACAAUUAGAACGUGAAUUAGAACGAUUAAUUAACGAAAGGGAGUCUCUCAGCCAUGAAUUAGCUAAUAUAAGAAGUCGUCAGCGUGUACAUAAAUCAGCAGAGCUUGCUAAUGAGGAAGAUACUCUUAAAGCAAAUUUAAAUUAUGUACAAGAAAAUAUUAGUCAUGUGCAACAAUCAAUAAUGGACUGUGGAGAAGGUAAAGAAACAGAAAAUGAUGUGCAAACAUUACAGACAAUUAUCGGUAAUAUAAGAAGUGUUGAUGAAGCCAAAUUUAUAUUAGAACGUUUAACUGAAAUUGCAAUUGGUCAAACAUGUGAUACGGCUUUAACCCAAAGUAAACUUUUAGAAAAAGAAGCAUUAUUAAAAGAAGUACAAGCGGAAAGCGGUAUUCAACAUCAACUCUUACAACAUUUCCUAAUACAAAAUCCAACAGUACAGAUUACAGAUCUUUUUGAUACAUUAAAUAUUAAGAAUGAUUUUGGUGGAUCUAAUAAUACUUUAAAUAGUAAUAGCACAUAUGACAUUCCGUCCGAUGUUGGUGGCAAUGGCGGCGGUGGAGGUGGUAGUGGAAUAAAUAAUUAUGAUUUUAAAAAUACUGGUGUCUGUGAUUUAAGCUCGAAUCAUUAUUCAAGAUCAAGAAGUCCGUCACCAGCACCUACCAUAGAUCUUUCUUCGGAAAGAGGUGGAAAAGUACGACGAAGAACAGCGCAACCACAAGAUUUAUUAUUUGGAGAUGUCGACAUUAUGCAAAAUGGAGAUGAAGUAAUGACGAGGUCGUACACACAAGUCGAAGGAAGUCCUAGAAGUUUUAUUCCAUUGGCUCGAGUUCCUAGUGCACCAGGUUCAUUGAAACAAUCAAAUAUGAUGUCACCAUCGUUUACACGUAAAUCAAUAGAACAAACAACAUUAAUUGGCCCAUCAGCAAUACCGCAAUCACCAAGAUUAAGUCGUCGUGCAUAUCCAAAUAAAGGAUCCCCUGGGUUAAUUGAUGAUGAAAAUUUAAUGAAUGCAAUGACACUAGCACAAUCACCACCUGUUUAUCGUCGUAUGUUAUCACGUGAAGAAUCAUUGCAACAACAAUCACAACAACAGCAACAACAGCAGCAACAGCAGUUAAAUCAGCAACAACAACAAACGAAUCAACAACUUAAUCAUGGUAUGAGUACUUCAAAUAUAUCAACUAGUGGAGGUGGUGGUGAUGUAUUUUCACGUUUAGGGGCUGGUACAUUAGAUCCAGCACCCGGUGGGAGUAUACAAAAGAUCACCGGAAAGAUACGAGUGGGUGUUCCUCUUUAUUGUACUCACACUGUUAUGGGCCAUAAUAAUUCCGUAUUAUCGAUAAAAGUCGAUGAAAAUAUUUUAUAUACUGCAGCAGCUGAUCGUACUGUUAAAGUAUGGGAUUUACAUCGUGAAGCACCACAAUACUGUUUAUCAAGUCAUCCAGGGCCUGUUAUAGCUGUACAAAAUGAUAAAAAAUCAAAUUUAUUAUUUUCUGCAUCUGGUCCAUAUGUGCGUGUAUGGGAUUUAAGAGCUAGUAGUUCAAAAGCUAUAAAAACUUUAAGUUCAUCUGGUCAAAUAUUAGCUGGAAAUGCAAAUAUAACUGGAAUAACACCAGGUGAAUCACCGAUAACAGCAAUGUGUGUUGGUAAUUCCGGUAAUUUAUAUGUUGCAGCAUCUGAUAAAGUUCGAAUUUGGGAUUUAAAAAGCCUUUCUUGCCUUGGUAAAUUAUCUGGUGGACAUCAAGCAGCUGUUAUGUGUGUAACAUCAUGGGAGGGAUCUGGUUCAACGGAUUUUGUUGCAACAGGAUCAAAAGAUCAUUAUGUUAAAGUAUUUGAAGUACCAUCAACAGGUGGUGUUGUGUAUCCUUUAUUAAAUUUAGAGCCACCACAUUAUGAUGGUGUACAAGCAUUAGCAGUAGCACAAGAUGCUUUAGGAGCUGAUGCCGAAUUGUUUUCUGGUAGUCGUGACUCUGGUAUUAAACGUUGGGAUCUUAAAAGUGGUGAAUUAAAACAGUCACUCAAUAAUGCACAUAAAGGAUGGGUUUCCGGUAUGGCAAUAUCCGGUGAUGUUUUACUUUCUAGUUGUCGUGGUGGUAUUAUUCGUUUAUGGAAUGUUAAAACUUGUGAUAGCUUAGCGGAAAUGAAGACUGAAUCAUCAAUUAAUGACAUUGUAGCAUCCGGACAGAGAGUAUUUACAGCUUCAAACACUGGUGAAGUUCGAAUUUGGAGAUUUUCGAAUCAAGAAAAUUUCUUUUCAAGUGGCUUGGUAUCAUCUACUACUAGUACUACUACUAAUAAUACAACGGCAACUGUAUCAUCAAUCAAAGGAAAUUAAAAAUUACAAAAUUAGAAAAUAUGAUUUAUAAAAUUUUGUUUAAUAUAUAAAAUUAAAAUGAGAUCGCCAUUAAAAAGUUUAGAAUUAAAAUUAGAAGUCCAAAAAGACAAAAUUAAAUUUAUUAUAAAACUAAAAGCAAAAGUUUCAAAAUAUCAAUAAUAUAGAAUUUAAAAAAUUCAAAUAAUUUUAAUUUAACCAAAGUAUUAUUAUACAUAGAGAAAAAUAGAAAAUUAUAUAAAAUCAAAAUAUUCCGAAUAAAUUUAAAUUUU